CUCACGAAGCGCAUCUCACUCGCCGGCUGACUUUCGUUUACCGAGCAUCCGUUGCAGCGUUACUCGACUUCCUUUUUUUUCUUUUUGUUCGCCACCAUCCACACCGCCCGCAUUUAGAGAGAGUGUGUGUGUGUGUGUGUGUGUGCGUGCGUGUUCAUUGUAGUGGCGUGCUGUGGCUUCCAGUGGCGCCCACACGGCAACUUCUUCCGCUAUAUACAGCUGCUCUCAUCGCACAAUAUUUAUAUACGACAGCCACUCCUAUUAUAUUCUCUCCAUCAUCCGUAAUUCGAUUUGAAAGACGCCAGCGUCGCCCAUCAGGACUUCCUUUUACCGUUCAAGAGCGGACGGGACUUUUUUUCUUCUUCUUUAUUUGAGUUUUGAACCAUCACAUUCUCAGCAUGUCAGCAGGGAGUAAUUCCAAUUUCCUUUGGAUACUGAAAUCAUCGCUUUUUUUCAAUACGUCAAAGAAACUAUUCGCCAGUUUUGCCGGACACAUAACAAGCAGCGCGUCACUUCAAUCACUUUCGGGCAAACCGAAUCGAUGUGAAUACGAGCAACUAUCGGCCGUUGAAGGCAACAACAACCGGACAGACAGGAGUAAAAAAAAUGGCAAAAAUAAAAACGAACGCCAUCGUCGUUUUCGGAUCCAUCGACAACGAAGGCAACGAAAACGACGAUGAGAGUAGCGCCAGCAGCCAAGAGGAUGAAGAUUCCGAUGAAGACGACGACGAGGAAAUCGACAGGUUAACGUGCUGGGUCUGCGAGCGAGCCUUCAGUUCGACGCGCAUCCUGGAACGGCACAAAAUACGAGAACGUCAUUUCGGAUGCGGAACAUGCGACGCUAUUUUCCCGACACUCAUGGCUCUAGAAGCCCAUCAAGAAGAGGCGGAUCAUUGGUCUAGCGACGAGGACGAUGAGGACGACGAAGACGACAAAAACAUGGACGGCCACGACUCGUCGGAAGACUCGCAGCUCGACACCGAAGAUGAAAUGGAACUCGACAGGAAAGAUCACCAACUGAAGAAGGAACGGCUUUUCCUCAUCUAAUCGCUACGUCGGAUGAUGUCGGUCCAAUGAACGUCCAACACUAAACGACAUCACCAUGACGACCGGAGUCGAGCAUUCCUUUGGUGUUCGAUCAGCACAAGAGCAGCGGCCACAGCUUUUUGAAUUAUUUAUAUAAAUCGAAUGUACAAUAUUCCAUAUCUAAUGGUCCACACCCAAACCAGCCAGCCAUGGCCCACAAUCCCUCGCUUUGCAUUUUCAUCUCAAUGUCUGUAUAAUUCCAUUCAUCUUCGCACCCCCAUAUACUCUUCACCAUCCUCCAUCCCUCAAGCGUGUGCGUGUCCCUCCCGCACGAAUGUCAUAAACAUUUCUUAGAUUUUUUUUUUUUCCCCCGAAGUAUAUACACACACACACACACACAAGUUGAAGCGGAAUAAGGAAGUAUAGAGACAUCCGCGUUUGAUCAAGAGCAGCCCCACACUCAACACAACCGGAAUGGCUUGCCGUUUCUCAUCUAAAUACAGAGUACGUUACACACAAAGCGUUUGCACGUAGACAACUAUUAUAUAGAUCGAAUGCAAUAUAUCCUAUCCCGCGGGGAGUGAUUUGCUUUUUUUUGUUUUUUUGCUCCCCAUCUCAAGACAUUCGGCAAAUAAGGGCAACGGCUUUUCCAACACGCGUGGGAAUCAGACAAAACGGAUCCAAUUCCAUUUCCAGAUGCAGCUUCAUUGACUAUCUCUCAACAUUUUUUGUUUUGUAUGCGGGAAGGAGAUUGUUCAUCAGCAUCGAGAUAUUUUGGAUCGAAAAAAAAAAAAAAAGAAAGACGGAUGAGGCAAUAUCUCAUAUUGUUUAAUUCAUAAAUUCAUAUCGAGUCAGGAAGGGGGUGGUGUAUCAGGAGGGAAAUCGGAAAGAAAAAGUAGUGAAUUUCGGGACAAGACGGGAGGGUGAAAAGGCAAGAGGAGACACUCAACUGACGACAUCAUGGCACAUAUAUAGUUGUUGUCUUUCGUUAUUAUUUUUCUUUUCUCGUGUUUGGUUUUUUUCUUUUUUUUUUUAGUUGAAUUUUUAGUUUUGAAAUGUCAUCGUCUUACAACUGAAUAUGGCAUCGGUGCAAAGUUUGAUAAUAUCAUUGUAACAAUUGUGUGUAAAGAAUGACGAUAAUAUAAUAAUUGAAGAGAAAGGCAAAUCAAAAAAAUAAUAAUAAAAAUGAGUGGAUGAAGGAAACAAAAUUGAAUUCAACAAAAAAAAAAAAAAUUAAAAAAUUGAGCAUUGGGCUGUUUCUGAUAGCGUCAAAGAGCGAAAAUGGGGAAUCCAUCAGCAAUCGUUUUCUGUAAUUCUUCUUUCUU